GCCACUCUGUUUCCCCGCCCCCGGGCCCCAGCGCCAAGCCUGUCCGCGGCCAGCCCUCCAGGCUGAGGAACCCGGUCGGCGGAAGGAUGGAGCCGGCUGCGGGCUGCUUCUCGGAGGAUCGGUUCCGGGAGGCCUGCGCCGAGCUCCGGCAGCCCGCGCUGGCCGGGGCCGACUGGCAGCUGCUGGUGGAGACUUUGGGCAUCAGCAUCUACCGGCUGCUGGACCAGCAGUCAGGACUUUAUGAGUAUAAAGUCUUUGGUGUUCUGGAGGAUUGCCCACCAGCUCUACUUGCAGAUGUCUAUAUGGACUUAGACUACAGAAAACAAUGGGACCAGUAUGUUAAAGAACUCUAUGAACAAGAAUGCGAUGGAGAGACUGUAGUCUACUGGGAAGUGAAGUACCCUUUUCCCAUGUCCAACAGAGAUUAUGUUUAUGUCCGACAGCAGCGAGAGCUGGACGUGGAAGGGCGGAAGAUCCACGUUGUCUUGGCCCAGAGCACCUCUGUACCUCAGCUUGGCGAGAGACCCGGGGUGAUCCGGGUGAAGCGGUACAAGCAGAGCCUGGCGAUUGAGAGUGAUGGCAAGAAGGGGAGCAAAGUUUUCAUGUAUUACUUCGAUAACCCGGGUGGCCAAAUUCCGUCCUGGCUCAUUAACUGGGCCGCCAAGGUGAGAUCCCAGGAGAGAACUGUGGUGGCAAUCUGGAUCACUACAGACUGCCUAGGAGUCUGGCGUCAUGGAGACCAUCAGUCCACUUUGUAAAAGUCUUAUCUAUUAAAGAGCUCAACAGAUUCUUU